AUGCAUAUACGUCUGUUACAUAGUGUUUUCGAUUCAAUCGAAACAGAUGUUCGUUCAUGGAAAUCUGAAUCAACUAAAUCAAUAACUGAUUUUAUUAAUCAUUCAUAUCAUCAAAUAUUCUAUGCUAAUGUUGCACAUAUUAUAUCUCAAAUAUCUGAAGUUUUAUGUAGUCCAUGUGGUGAUCUUUUACCAUUAUUUGCUAGUGCAAUAUCGGCAUCACAUGAAAUUGAAAUAUUAGAAAAUACAGAAAGUUUAUCACCAUUCAAUACAAUUAAAAUCUUGAAACAUGUUAUGAGUUGA